AUGCGAGAAGAUGAAGGCAUUGAGCUCCAAGACUUGUCGCAUAAAGGGGAUAAAAUUAUUCGCUUAGGCAAUGUUGCUCUUUUAGCUAGGUCUAAUGAAGUCAUAGAAUUGCAAGAAAUAUCUUCAAAAAUAAAUAGUAGCGAUCCAGCAGCAGGAUUAGGCACUUUAUUUAGUCUAUCAGAAAAUAGGGUGCAGCCUAGUAUAGAUAGUUUGGAAUCAUCUGAUCCACCUCAGCUUGAAGGUGCUGUAGGAGGCGUCAAAAAUGUUACUAGCAUAGAUUUAAAAGCAGAAGUUCAUAGAAAAAAUUCAACAGCCAGUAGCGAAUCUAGUGAAGCAAGAGAAGAAGAAGCCGGGGUUCAAUUCAUUAUACCUUCCCUACAUAAUAGAGAAAGGAAAUUAAGAAAACCUAAAAGGUCAAAGGAAAAACAAGAAUCUUUGAAUAAUGAUAAUGAAAUUGCAGGUUCAAGCAGAUUGGAACCCCAAGGUAGUGUAGACUCGCAAGAAAAAGACAUUGAAUUAGUGUUACAACAAAGACCCUCAUUGCAAAGUGUUGAUUCUGAACAAGAUUCUUCAAAUAAUGUAACGACUAGUGGCAGAAGACAUUCAAAUUUCACUAAUAGCAGUCUAAAUUUUCUUCCUUCAGCUACACAAGCUGAAAUUAAACCCACUGGAAGCUUAGAAUUAGGUUACAUAGAUAAGAAUCCAAAUCAACCCCUAAACUUUGAGGGUUUCUACUUUAAACCAAAAAGCAGAGAUGUGAGAAGGUUCAAGUCGGCAGCUUUAGAAACAUGCUGUCCUCCACCCACUAUUCCAGCAAACACCAAUAGUUUAGAAGUGAUUGGGUGCAAGACCAAUAAUAAGAACCCUUUGCCACCUCCGAGUACAAGCUUGACUAGAAAUCAGCAUUUGAAUUUGUGUCAGUAUUAUGGUUCAGAAAUAGUGUAUCCCAUAGCAGAGCAAUCUGAUGAACAUCAGACUUCACAUGGACCCGACACAGAUAUAGAUUCGUUGACUCAUGCUUCUGAUUCAGAUUUUGAGGAAACCAAUCAAGGUAGUCAAUUGCCUCUACUAUACAUCCGAUUUGAAAAAGGAGAAAAACUGCUUUGCCUGAAUGUCCCGAAAUCUGAAAACAAAUCUGAGCAACAACUGGAACACAAUGCUGCCACAUCGAAGGAGGCCCUUAUAGAUCCCGAAAAUUCAAAUUCAAGUGUUACUGAGAUUGCACUAGGUGGAGCGCAAGUUGACUAUGCCACAGACAAUGAUCUUAGUAAUACCAAAUUGAGCGAGUGCUCGAAUUUGUCUUGUUCAAGUGACGAGUUCCAGGAGAGCAUGAAAAUAAAAAUGGCCGAGUUGGCAUUGGGCUCUUUUGAUGAGGAAAACCCCAAUGAUGCUUCUUUGGAAGAUAGUUGCUUAUCUCAUUGCUUACGUUAUCUACAGGCUGAUGCAGCAGAAGGAUUGGAAAGGGAUGCUGAAGAAUGGACAGGAGCUGGUGCAGAGGGCGCAUCAAACUUCCAUUGUCAACACACUGGUGGGCCAGCAAUAACGAGAAAAAGGAAUGUAAAAAAAUAUAGACGAAGGAAAAGUGAUACUACCGGUCCAAGAACUGGAAAUUGUUCUUCACUGGCGCAGUUAGAUGUGGACGCGGAUUUAGAUUGGCUGUUUGAGGACUCUAAUAAUACAGGGAAUCGGUUAACACAUAGAAAAGAGCCUCUAAAAAAAGACAAUGAAUGGUCAAGUACGACAACAGUCUCAUUAGAGCAAGAUGUCAGUAAAGUGUUGCAAGAAACAGUGCCGGCUGUACGUAGUUUGGGUGCUAUUCCUAAAAAAUUAUCUAGUCAUUAUCAGAAAGAAAACGAACGGAGAACGCCAAAAAGUGAAUCGGAAAAAUGUAGAGCUUGUAGCAGGUGUAAAUCGGAUCCAGAAAAAUCGAAAUCCUUUAAAGAAAACAAAGUAACCCAAACAGGAAAAGUAAAAGACUCUCCUCCUAACUCAAGUUUUGAAGACCUAGAAGCAGCUGCAAUGUCUCCUAUAAGAAAAGACUCCAAAGAAAAAGCUAGUAGUUCAAAAAGAGCUCUCUUGAAAAAAGAUCCUUUAAAACAUCAACAAAUGAAAAGCGAAGAGGCCUCUUCGAGUGGUUCGAACAACGAACUCAGUACGCUUUUGCCGCCCGCACCUCCCUUACUUUCGGCCUUUCUUAAUCCUAGGAGGGAUUUACUUACUGCCAGUUGGGUUUCCGAAAAUUCUCCAAGAUCCAGUCAGAGAAACCGCUUGAGAAGGGCCAGAACAGCAGUAAAAAGAUCAAACGUUGGAAAAAGAGAUAACGCCCUAGCCCAAUCCUUGUCAGGUCAAGGAACGCAUACUGCCAAAAGCUUCAAUGAUACUAGCGAUGGAGCAGUUCACUGUUUUAUGGACGAGCACGGAAAUUGGAUCACUUAUACAUUUGAUGAGAAACGGUCCAGCAGUACUGUAAACAACGAUCCCUUGGGAAGCCAAAAUGUGACACAAAAUAGGACAAGGAAACGCAAGGAUAAUUUGAGACACGAUUUCCGUGAUAAUCUCGCCCGACAUUUCUUCCGGCACACUCAAAAUGGGGACUCUUUACCGCGCCGUCGUCUUACUACGUCUCAGGAAGACAUUACGUUAUCAGCAUUACGAGACAUUGCCACUUUAGCAAAUCCUGAUAAUCCUGAAAUAAUAAUGCUUGGAAGUAGAGAAGGCGGCAGUGGAACGCCUACAAGAACCCAGUUGAGAUUUAUCAAAGUUGGAAGUCAAGAAAAUAAAGUGCGGACUAGAAGUUUUUAUAGAGUGAAAAUAUUACCGUGGAAAAUAACUAUCGAUCGUCUCGGACUAUUAGCAAUGUUAGAUAGAAAUCUAACAAUUAUGGAAACGGGCUUAACUGUGACUUUAGGUGUUCUAGUGUCGGUUUUAGGGGCUAUACAUUUAUAUUUGGAUUUUUACCAAGACGUUUGGGCGUUUUGGUUUUGUUUUAUCGUAGCUAGUUCACAGUAUUCGUUAUUAAAAAGCGUCCAACCAGACGCUGCUUCGCCUACACACGGAUUUAACAGGGUUAUAGCAUACUCAAGGCCUGUGUACUUUUGCCUUUUUUCAUCUGUAGUCAUUAUAUUACAUUUCAACAUAUCCAGCAAAGAUCAAGUGUGCCUGACGUUCGCUAGAGAUUCACUUACAGUGUUUAUUUUGUUUUUUCCUGCAAUAUUUUCUUUCGGAUUAUUUCCCCAGAUUAAUACUUUCACUUUGUAUUUUCUUGAACAAACGGAUAUACAUUUAUUCGGGGGUAAUGCCAUGUGUAAUUUACUAGGUUCAUUGUAUUGCGUUUUUCGUUCGAUCUUAGCUGUAACAAUUCUUAACGGACUUGCCUAUGGAGGUUUGAGCGAAGAGAAAACGUCCCAGCAUAUAUUGUUUUCCAUUUUUUCGGCCUGCUUAGUGUCAGUGUGCUAUCAUUUAAGUAGAAGCGCCAGCGAUCCUGUGCAUAUAUUCAAUUUGAUCAAAAAGCAUAUGUGGCUGCCAGAUUUGUAUAAGGAACGAGAACGGGAGUUUAAAAGCGAGGAAAUGGAAGCAAGGAUUGUCGAAGAGGGGAGCGUUGGCGAAAAACCUACGGAAAAAGAUGUGCCUAGUCCAAAAGAAGACCAUAUAGAUCCUCUACCAAAAAAGUUGCAAGACACUGUAAAUGGACGAUUGAAAAAUGAUUUAAUCUUGUGCACUGUCAUUGGAAUUCUGGUUUUCGCCCUUCAUGCCAGUACAGUUUUCACAGUACUUCGUCCAGAACUUUGUCCAGUACUAUGGUCCAUAGCCGCAGGAACUGGUUUCAUUCUGCACUAUCUCAUACCACAGUUUCGUAAGCAAUUGCCUUGGAUGUGCAUUUCCAGGCCUAUUUUACGAAGUCACGAGUAUUUGCAGUAUCAAAUUAGAGGUGCUGCUAAAAUUAUGUGGUUCGAACAAGUUUAUGUGUACUUGUGUUUUUUUGAAAGAAACAUCCUGUACCCUUUAAUGGUUGUAUCAGUUGUAACGGAAGAUGCUCCAAAAAUUGCUGCCAAAUAUGGCACACUUUUAGGUUCUUUUAUUACAUGUAUAUGCGGCAUGAAGUUCCUACGUAAUGGUUACUCUGAUCAAAAUUGUCAGUACUUAAUAGUGAUUUUUAGUGCUUUAAUUUGCAAGUAUGAUUUUAGACAUUUAGAUGAAACAUUUUUGGUUUCAUAUUUUUUCGUUAGCAUUGCCUAUUACAAAAUGUACGAGUUCCUUUUGAAGAUUAAAUUUGUGAUAACUUACAUAGCCCCCUGGCAAAUCACUUGGGGCUCUGCUUUUCAUGCUUUUGCUCAGCCUUUUUCUGUGCCCCAUUCUGUAAUGUUAUUUUCCCAGGCUGCUGUUUCAGCCAUAUUUUCCACACCUUUAAAUCCAUUUUUGGGUAGUGCAAUCUUUCUUACUUCUUAUGUAAGACCUGUAAAGUUUUGGGAAAGGGAUUAUAACACUAGAAGAGUGGACCAUAGUAAUACUCCAUUGUCCUCACAUUUGGAUAGAAACUUGGGAGCUGACGAUAAUAAUCUAAAUUCAAUAUUUUACGAGCAUUUGACCAGGUCUUUGCAGCAUUCCUUGUAUGGGGACUUGGCAAUGGGAAGAUGGGGCACAGUUAGCCAGGGUGAUGUUUUCGUCAUGGCCUCAGAUUACCUAAAUUGUCUCGUACACAUCAUAGAAAUGGGAAAUGGUUUAGUAACUUUCCAAAUGCGAGGAUUGGAGUUUAGGGGCACCUAUUGCCAACAGAGAGAGGUCGAAGCCAUUACAGAAGGAGUAGAAGAAAAUGAUGGGUUUUUAUGUUUUGAUACUGGCCACUUGCCAAAUAUGCUGAGUGUAAACGCUGCUUUUGGUCAAAGAUGGUUGGCAUGGGAAGUAACAGCUUCGAAAUAUAUUCUUGAAGGUUACAGUAUAUCUGAUAACAGUGUAGUCUCUAUGCUACAAGUUUUUGAAUUCAGGAAAGUUUUGAUUUCUUAUUAUGUCAAAAGUAUUAUUUUCUAUACAAUUCGUUCACCUAAGUUAGAGGAGUGGCUCAAUUCAGAGGUGAUAAAUAAAACAUUGCGCACCAUUUGGAAACCUAAUUUUGUUGACUUGGACCCAGUUUUUAAUUACAAUAUAGAUGAGGAUUAUGAUAUUCAACAUAAUGGAAUGACUAAGUCUAUGUUUUUGCAUAUUCAUGGGGAAUGGAUUCAUUAUUGCCUAGAAAAACGUGGGAAUGUAUCAAAAAAGCAACGUGUUAUUUUGUUAUGUUUUGCUUUGAGUUUAUUAGGAAGAAGGACUUUGGGGGCAGUUUCCCAAAAUAUGGUGUCAAAUGUUGAGUUUUUUCUUUACGGGUUACAUGCAUUGUUCAAAGGUGAUUUUCGUAUAACAUGUGCUCGAGACGAAUGGGUGUUCACCGACAUGGACCUCUUGAAAACAGUAGUAGCCCCGGCUGUACGUAUGUCACUGAAACUACACCAGGAUCACUUUAUGACUCCCGACGAAUACGAAAUACUUCCUGCAUUGUACGACGCUAUCUGUAAACACGAACAAGAGUUGGUGAUAAGUCAUGAAGGCGAUCCCGCGUGGAGAAAUGCAGUGUUGAGUGGAACACCUAGUUUGUUGGCUUUGAGGCACGUCUUUGAUGAAGGCAAUGAUGAAUACAAGAUAAUUAUGCUAAAUAAAAGAUACCUGAGCUUUCGAGUCAUCAAAAUCAAUAAAGAGUGCGUUCGUGGAUUGUGGGCCGGCCAACAACAAGAAUUAGUUUAUUUAAGAAAUAGAAAUCCAGAAAGAGGUAGCAUCCAAAACGCCAAACAAGCUUUAAGGAAUAUAAUUAACUCGUCUUGUGAUCAACCCAUAGGUUACCCGAUUUAUGUAUCACCUUUAACUACCAGCUAUGCAGAUACGAACGAGCAAUAUUGUUCUUUAGUUGGAAGUUCAGUCAGUCUAAAGAAAAUUAAAAAUUAUGUUUUUGAUUUAUUUAGAAGGAUAAGAAAACGAUGCGGUGAAGGUUGUUCUAGUGGUGCUUCAAACAGAGAAGAAGUUAGUAUGGGUCACGAAGGUGUCUAUGCUAUGACUCCUUUGUCAUUUCCUGUAGCUCCAAGACAAUCUACAGAUAGUUUUAGAUCUGCUGGGAGUAUAGGAAGGGGGUCUAGUCUCAGUAGAACAUCUUUAGGUGGUAAUCGUGGCAGUCUAGUCUCCGUAGGAAAGCCUACCAGCUCAACUUUGGUAAGUCUCACAGGUCUUUUCAAAGAAAAAGAUGAACGUACUCCUCCACCUGAAGGACAAAGUCGUACUGAGGAAAAAUCAGGCGAAAUUCGUGAUAAUGCAACUGAACAGACUGAAAAUGAAUUUGUGGGAUCUCAUUGUAGAUCCGAAUUUAGUAUACGACUGUAUAAACUUAGGAAGAAGGAUCGACGUUUCGUGGCCGACUGAAUAUAUGAGAUGCCGUGGCGGACGAUCGUACUGGAAAGAUUGGGUGCCUGAGGCUGGUAUGGAAGGACCAGUCGUACACAAAUGGACCCCAUGCCACCGAGAUACCAACAAACGAUCUCACGUAGACAGAACCAUUCUUCUAGUCCAAAUCGACGAUAAAUUUGUUCCUAUAGCAGAAACUGGUGUUUACGAUUUAGGUCCAGAAGUAUAGCAUCAGGGGAAUUUAGGAUUAUUUCUAUUGACCGCUUUUGACGAGACUGGAAGAAAAACAUGUCAAGUUUUGGAUAUCAUUGAGCCGAGUCCGUUUUUAUCAGACGACAUGGUAUGACUAUUUGAUGUGGCAUUUUUAGGACACACAUUUUUGUCAUUUUGUUUUACAUUUGCAAUCAAAACAUUCACAUUUUCACGAAUUACCUAGCCUAGGACAUAUCAAUUUAACCAAAAUGUUGGUUUUUGGUGUAAUGUCCGAAAAAUAUGAGAAUUGGGGAACAAAUUUUAUUAAUGUUUCUUGCACUUUCAGUCUCUUUUAUUUUAAUAUCUCAGAGUCAGAUUUUCAACAAAAAAAUCGUCCUUUUUUUGGAUAGAUUUGAUACAAUCCUAAAGAAAUACUUGGUAAAAAUAAAUCUAGAACAAUUUGUAGAUAUAUUAUAUAAAAUUUACUAUAGACAUGAUUUUUAUGUAAAUAUUAGUUGGUAAGGUAUCAAACACUUAUUAAACAUUUUAACAUUAUAAGUCUAUGCUGCCAUAGAUAGUGUUUUAAUGUACAAAAUACACACUUUUCGCUAAAGCGUCCAAAGAAUUUAACAAAUUGUUGAACAUUAUUAAGUGUAGUCAUGUUUUUUCUCAGAUUGUUCAUAUAUAUUGCUUCUUAUACAAAAAUUUUGUAUGAAAACAUAUGCAAAUUUUGUUUUAUUUUAAUAAUAUUGAAAGAAAAUUUAUUAUUGAAUAAAUUCAGGAAAAUAUUUCUUCCAGCAUAAAAUAAAGCAAAAAGUUGCUUGGUUUUUAUAGUGUACAUCAAAGGCACAUUUUUCUUUCUAGUUAGCGGCUAGCCAGAUGUUGUUUAUGUUUUCUACUCUUAUUUCUACCAUUCAUUUUUUUUAAUAACAUUUCUGUCUUCCUUUUUAACAAAAAAUGUGCUUUUGAAACUUUUGAAUCACUUAAAUGUUGUUACACAGUUGCCUUAACAUAAAAAUAGACUGAUUUUUUUAUAUGAUUUUUUAUAGAUUAUGGUAUUUUUUUUACACUAUAAAAUGUUCCAUUGACGAAUAAUCUCUUUUUGAAAUAUUAUGCACUUGUUGUGUACAUACUUCACUAAACUAUUAUGUGGUCUUUUAUACUAGAUGCUGGAGCAUUUUGUUUGCGAUAUCACAGGUACUCUUGUAUAAGGACUAUCCAUUUUGAUUUUUUCGUUAAAGCAAGACAUCUUCAACAAUAUGAAAUUUUUUAGACUUUCCUAAAAUAAUUAUUAAUAUUUUUGGUAGAUAUGUAGUUUUAAAAUAUAAUUUUUUAUUUAUGUUGUUCUUUAUAUAUUUAACUGGGUUGUAGCACAUGCCUUACUUAAAAUAAUUAUUAUAUUAUCUCAUUCUGUGAUUUUUUUUUUGUUCUGGUUAAUUUAUGUGGAAUACAUUUUGUACAAGCAUAUUAUAAAUAAAAUCUUACAAUUA